UGCUUGAGAAACACCCCAUUGCUGUACAGUAUAUAAGACCGUACAUGUUACCAGCAGUAGUUACCCCUUUUAUUCAUUCUGGCUUGUUUCUAACUUAGAUAAGGAACCAAUAUGAUUUGGGCAAUCCUCCUGCUCCUCAACGGGAUAAUGUUCUAUUAUUUUCUUUCUAACCGGACGCGGUCGAAAAGAGAACCACCUUUGGACAAAGGAGUUAUCCCUUGGUUGGGACAUGCACUAGAUUUUGGAAAAGAUGCCACCAAAUUUUUGAAAAGAAUGAAACAGAAACAUGGGGACAUAUUUACUGUUCGUGUGGCUGGACGUUAUGUUACGGUCCUGCUGGACCCCCAUUCAUAUGACUCUGUCCUUGAGGACACAAAAUCUCUAGACUUUUCACGCUAUGCUCAGGUGCUGAUGGACCGGAUUUUUAACCUGAAGCUUCCGAAUUACAAACCUGAGAUUGAGAAGGAUAUAAUGAGAAGGCAUUUCCAGGGCGAGAGCCUGUUAUGCUUGAACCACGUCAUGGAGAACCACCUGCAAAAACUGCUAACACUAGAGACAGAGGCUCUAAACCAGUCUGACUGGAAACAUGACGGGCUCUUCCACUUCUGCUACAGCCUGAUGUUUAGGGCUGGAUAUCUCACUCUCUUUGGUGGAGAAGAAAACAACAAUUGUGCUGAUGCUGCUAAAGUUUUUACAGAGUACCACAAAUUUGAUGGCCUCUUGAUUAAGUUGGCUCGCAGCACUUUAAAGUCUGGGGAGAAGCAGACCGCAGGCUUGGUAAAGCAGAGACUGUGGGAGUUGCUGGCACAGGCUGGACUGAGAGAGGAUUCCAGUUUGUGGAUGCAGAGUUACAGGCAUCACUUAGAAGAAGAGGGCGCUGAUAAAGAGACACAGAGAAAGGCCAUGUUGUUACAGCUCUGGGCCACACAGGGCAAUGUGGGUCCUGCUGCAUUCUGGCUCCUGACUUUUCUCCUGACCCACUCAGAGGCCAUGAGGGCAGUGAGAAAAGAGUUUCAAAGUGAUAAAGUGUCAGGCAGCAACACACUCAACCACCAGGAAGAAACUCCUGUGUUUGACAGUGUGCUGGAGGAGACCCUGCGGCUGACCGCUGCCCCGUUCAUCACUCGGGAGGUGCUGCAGGACAAGACACUGCAUAUGGCAGAUGGACAAGAAUACGAUCUGAGGAAGGGGGACCGUGUCUGUCUGUUUCCUUUCAUAAGUCCACAGAUGGACCCAGAAAUACACGUUGAACCUGAGAAAUUCAAGUAUGACAGGUUUCUUAAGGCAGAUGGAACAGUAAAAAAAGACUUCUUUAAAGGUGGGAGGAGGCUGAAGUAUUACACUAUGCCUUGGGGAGCAGGGACCAACGCAUGUGUGGGAAAGCCAUUCGCAAUCCAGUCCAUCAGACAGUUUGUGUUUAUGAUUCUCUUCCAUCUGGACAUUGAGCUGCAGGACCCUGCAGCUCAGGUGCCUGAAGUGGAUGUCAGUCGCUAUGGAUUUGGAAUGCUGCAGCCAAACAAGGAGCUUCAAAUCCGAUACAAACGCAGAGAGCACGUUUUAUUCUGAUAACAACCCACCUGUGCCAAUUACUCACCUCACUUAUACAUAUUUAUUUAACAUUUUUAUAUACCUGUUUCAUAUAGCUGUACAUAUUUUUGUAUAAAUUUUAAUACUUUGUAUCUUACUCGAGUUUGCAAUUGUAUAUUAUAAUUGCCUGUUUAUAAAAACUAGUUGGAAUACACUAUAUUAUUGUUAUUUGUUAAACAAUGACCAUUUAAGGGAUUUUGAAGGGGUUUUUAUGGAUGAAAAAAUAAAAUGUUAAAUUAUCGAAAAGAAU